UACAAGAAGAAAGGAAUACACAAAAACCCGAUUUCCAACAAUGAUGACUGGAUUUGUUGUCACAUCAGCUUACCUUUUCGCUGGGCUACUAACAAUGAGCGUUUCUGGCUCGAAGUUGGUCGAGCUCGAGCCAAUUAACAGCGGACCAACUGUGGCUCCGUUAGGUUGCCAUCGUCGCCUCUACUCGUACAAAGUGACGCAAACCGAUAUUCAGGGGAAUGAGUGCUGGGAUUAUGUCAGCGUUUGGUCAUGCUGGGGACGAUGUGAUUCUAGUGAAAUUUCCGAUUGGAAAUUCCCAUACAAGCGCUCAUUUCAUCCGGUCUGUGUUCAUGCCAAGCGGCAGCCGGCAGUGGACCUUAAAAACUGUCAUUCCAAAGCAGAUGAGAGCAUCAGUCAAUACCAUUACAUGGAGGCGGUUAACUGCCAUUGCCAGACGUGUUCAACACAGGACACUAGUUGUGAGGCACCGGCAAAUACCAUGAUGGAAGGUGGCAGCAAAGCCAUUAUCUUAGGAGCGGACUCAGAGGACUUGGACUACUAGAUACGUGUUCGAACUGCAGUGAACGCUGUGUAGCGCUUUGUGUUGGCGUACUCGGUUAUAAUAUAUAUAUUUAAUUUGCUUAAUAAUUACAGCUUAGUGGCUUAAAAGAAGUAAUGCAAAUUAACGACCAAUAUAAGACAUUAGCAACUAAAUUAGUUUUCGUUUAAA